AUGGUUACCUCACAGAACGAGGUGGGCCUCAUCACCUACCCGGCCAUCGUCAACAUCGCCACGCUGGUCAUCUUCUUCUUCUACCUCGUCAUCUCCCUCUAUCUCGUCGUUCGACAAGGCCUAGGCCAUAGCUCGCCAUGGAUAUGGCUCUCCAUCUUAUCCAUAUGUCGCCUUACGCAGGUAGCGCUCGAUUUGGCAGCCACCACCAUGUAUCCCAUAGGACAGGCCGCAAACACGAGUCUCGAAAGCGGUGUCGCUAUCCUGACCACAAUGGGUCUCACGCCUCUCUUCAUGGCUACCAGCAGUUUACUGAACGCGACGACACGGCCAAAAGGACGGCGCAUGCAAUGGAUCCUGCUCGUGGUCCACAUACCUCUCAUUAUCUCGUUCAUUCUCAUUGUUGCUGGUGGUAUUGAUCCAGACUCACGCGAAGGGCCCACUUUUGCCGCUACGGAAUCGACGAAAGCCGGUGUCACGCUCUACUUGGCAUGUUUUCUUGUCCUGGUCUGGGCAACCACAGUCAUCUCGGCGCGUCUUUACCUUGCCGAUCGAGAUGAAGUACGUAUCCUUACGACAGUCGUGCUCAGUCUGCCGUUUUUCGUUGUCGAUAUCGUCUACAUGAUGUGCUUUGCCUAUGAGAAGUGGGUGGUCAACGACAGCUAUGAUGGAUGGAAGAGAAUGCGCUUCAACGUCAUCAGUGGAAGCGUCACCAUCCAAUUGUGCAUGCAAAUUAUUGAGGAAUGGAUCAUUGUUGCACUAUAUCUCUCUCUUGGAUUGGGUUUGCCCAGCAAGGCGGCGAGAUUGCGACGUCAAAUUGGAGACCAAGUGAACGAAGCAAGAAAUAUGGAUGUUGAUGCGCUACAAGAGACGAUAUUGUGGAAAAUGCAUGAUGCAGUAUCCCGAGUUGUUGCCGCCAUGAUUCUGUCAGCCCUGCAAUUUGUGCACUGGAUUUUGGGAAGAAUCCUGCAAAACGCCCAGAACGACACCAAAGACAACAAAAAGACCAAAGAGAGCAAAGAGACUAAGCAGACAAAGCAGAAGAGUGUUGACAGCCAGAGCAGCCACGAUAGUCAAAGUAACCCGCCAAAUUAACAUCGAGUGCCUCAAGGCCGGAACCAAAUUGCCGCACGCGAUCUGCUCGACCUAGGUGCUUUUUAGAGCACCUUUGGCACGCUCCCAUGGAACGUCUCGGUGGACAUUCCUACUUGUGGACUAUCAUCGCGCUAUAAGCAUACCCAGGUGGAUAGACGAUGCUCUCCAGCCAUGCGCUACUGCCAUCUUAUCGCAAGGAUUCCUAACCAUUCCAUGCAUGCGGAGCAGCCUUUCCGCACCGAUACCCAUCAUAGCAGCACUCGGAGAAGAACUGCCAUAUGCGCUGCAUCCUUUCCGUGUUGAGUCGCACCGGAGAGCCCUCAACCAGCGCCGAUUUCAACAAUACCCAGCCAAGGAGGAUAGGAGCAAGAGAGGACUCAGAAAGAGGGGCCAGAAGGCCGAAGUUAUAACGCCCAGAAGAGAAGUGGAGUACCCCAGUUCAAAGCACGGAUAAAACUUGUAAUAGUAGCAUAUGUAUAGUACAUACCCUAUAUUCUUCCUACUCCUACGAGAACCAUGUAUUUCCAAUAGUUCAGAAGCUUAUCGAAUUUCUCAAAA